AAUGAAAUAAAAAUCGAUUACGUUCUAACAAUAUUUAAAGUUUAUUCGAUUACAUAAGGAAGUGUGUUUUAUAGUGAAUUCGCAACACGGUGUUAGUUAUCAAGUAAGCAUGUUUUCUAAAAUACAAACAUAUGCAUGCAUUCACCAAAGCGACGCAAACAGCAUCAAACAUGGUCAAGAACGACAUGGUAUCAUCAGGAGUUUCAAACGCACCUAUGGUAAACGAAGAAAAUUCUUUAAAAACUAGUUCAAAUUCGCUUGCCGAAAGUUCAGAAAGUAGGGAUAGUAGCAAAGCAUCGUGCGAAAAUGAAGAAAAAUCAUUAGAAAUCGACGUGAGCGCUGAAAUGGAACCUACAUCGGACGAAAAACAGGAACAAGAUACAGAAAAUGAAACUCCUAACAGAAAAAGACCCGCUUCAGAAGGGGAAAUAAUACCCAUUAAAAAGUCCAGAAAUAAACCCAAGCCCCAAAUAAUUGAAGAUAUGAAAGAAUAUUAUCAAAAAGAUUCUCUAAGUAAACUUUCAACUGCUACACUAAGACACUGGCUCAAAGAUCAUCUCAUUCAUUGUACCACAAGAGAUAAAAAAGAUGUUUUAGUUGAAAAAGUAAAAGGAUACUUUUUAGACAAUAAUAUGUAAUUGAAUAGUUAAGUUACAAUAAUAAUUGCUAUGAAUUUGUUCAAAAAAAUACAGCGUUACAUGUUAUAAAACUUUUUAAAAAUAAAAUAUAAAUAAUUUUUUAGUACUAUCAUUUCAAAUAUACCCUUAUACAUAUAAUAAUUUAAUGUCUACACUUAAAUAUACUUAUUAAUAUUGAUUAUUGACUGGCGAAAAUUGAGGAAAUGUAUAUAGAAAAGUAGUCUGAUGUAAACGUCUGUUUAAAAAAUCGCUAUUUUGAGAAACAUUUUGACAAGGACUGACAAAAUUGACUGGAGAAAAUUCGGGUGGGAAAAAUACUUGCGGUGUUGCAUAACUAGGAAGAUAGGUGGGACGAAAUGUGGGAGUUAGGGGUGUCACAGGACUCACAUUAGGACUCAUAAAACAAGGUGAUUCAAAGUCGGAAGAUUUACGUGGUAGUCCCACCAUAGGGGGGUAAAGAUUAUGUGUAGAGAGGGGAAAUUGGG